AUGCAUAUUAUGCCUGUUCCAGCAAAGCACGACAUGCACCCUUAUUGUCAUAAACAACCGAAAAUAACUGUAACACUACCGUCACAAUUGUACCUUUAUCAUUCCGGAAACCUUAGAUCUGGAUGUUUUUUGUUUCUACGCCCCCACGUGCAGUAUGUAUCAUCACCGUCGUCAUCUAUGUGUACACACACCCUAUAUAAAAACCAAAAAAAUGAAAUUUCCUUUUUGGGACAUCGCCGCUGCCCCAUUCUUGAUCCGAGCAGCACUGGAUCAGGCCUCGCCCCUCCUUCCCUGAGCGGCACUGCGAGCUUUUCUCCGGAUCGGCCUGAUUACAAACGUGAAGGGAAAGCGAAGCGAACCACAGGCGGUGGGUCAUAUCUGGGAAACAAACGGGAACACCGCCCGCCGCCUGCGCGCGCCGCGCGUGUGCGCUGCAACGAGAAUCAACAACGUUCUCCCCGUCUCCGUGACCGCCGGCCCGGGAAACGCCUCGGAAACAAAAGAUAG